GGGUAUUUAAAGGGGUCUCAAACCACCCUUGCCAUCACUUCUUCUCCUGACGCCGUUGUUACACAAACAUGAAGACCCUGGUCGUCAUCCUCGCCCUGGUGGCUCUGGCCACCGCCCAGUCCGCCUACCAGUUCUCUGACGGAUUCCUGGAGGUCCUCGGCGCACAACCUGUCCAGAACUUCGACUGCGCCGGCCGCGCCUACGGCUACUACGCCGACGUGCCCACCGACUGCCAGGUGUUCCACGUCUGCCUGCCCAUCUCUGACGACCUAGGGGAGAUCGUGGAGACCGCCCAGUUCUCCUUCUUCUGCGGGAACCAGACGGUGUUCAGCCAGGAGUCCCUCACCUGCUCCCACCCCCAGGAGGCCUUCCCCUGUGACCAGGCUGAGACCCUCUUCGACUCCUCCAACGCUGACUUCGGCAAGAUCCCUGAAGAGAGGAAGUAGACCAGUGGCCGCUGACUGUUUCUUGUUAUGUAAUGAUGAUCUUCUUGGUGAGUCGCUACAAAUAAAAUGACUGAGUCUCCCCCAACACAUUA